AUGGAAGCCGAAGAUAUUGAAAUAUUUUUGAAUUCAAUUCGAAAUUAUCCCGAAUUAUAUGCAGUUGGUCACGCAGAUUAUAAAAAUGCUUACAAAAAAGAGGUGGCAUGGAGGAAAGUUCAAGAAAAGAUAGGGAUAAAUGUUAAAACUAUGAAGACUAAAUGGAGAAAUCUAAGGGACACAUACAAAAAAUAUAAACAGAGCCAGCAAACAAGCAGUGGACAAGCCGCGAAGAAACUCGCUAAUUGGCAGUGGGCUGAUCAAAUGUCGUUCAUAGAUUCUUCCAUAAACUUAAGGGAAACUGAUAGUACACUGGAAGCUAGCAGGGUAAUACUGGAUACCAAUACUCUAUCUACAGAGAAUGAACAUGACAAUUCUACAGAAGCCGAACAAGUUUCAAAUAACAAACAGAACGAGCUCCGAAUUGUUCAAGAACUUGAGGCAGUCGAGACUACAUCUGAAACUAAUCCAACACGUGAAAUAUCCCGAAGAAGACGACGUGUAAGCAACGACGAUCCUGCUGACAAGAUUAUAAAUUAUUUAAAGACUAGAAAAUCUGGAAAUACAGGCAAAAAUACCGUGUGA